AUGUUGAAAUCGAAAAUCUCGCUAAUGCCCGGACAUAUACUUAGCGUAUACAUGCAAAAUAUCGCCAAACUGUACUCUGUUUUGCUGUCGAGCGCAGAAGCGGAGAAUGACUGGGAUGCAAUUGACAGCCUCGACAACUUGAUGCUCUCAAAAUUGCCCGAAUUCGAGUUGGCUGACCAUUUGGAGGCCCAAGAACGCGCUUGCACACUAAUGGCACUGCUGAGAGUAGUGGAACGGUGCCAUUCGAAACGUGAAAAAGUAGGCGAAGAGUUUGCGAAACUGUUCGAAGGUGAAUUGAAUCCAGUUGCUGCAAAAGCACAACGCAAAGUCCCUGUACCUGAAGGACUGAACCUGGAUGUGUGGAUUCAUGAGCCAGAAUCUGAAGAUGAAGUAGCUAGCGAGCCAGAGGAUGAUCAUCGUUUUGGGCAGUCGGGGUUACGCUCUGAAUUUUGUGGUUUUGGUGGUCCUCUUGUGUAUAUUGGUGAUGAGGACGGCACCUGCAGCAAAAAAUUAUCGAAAAGCAAA